UCGGAGCAAAAGGGCAGAAGAAAGCAUCACCCGUCUUUGCGCCUUCGUCGAAGGAACGAAAAUGAGACCACCCAGGGGCGGCGGCGGCUUCAGAGGCGGAAGAGGAGGAAGAGACGGCGGCGGAAGAGGAGGUCGCUUCGGCGGAGGAAGAGGCGGACGCUUCGGCGGCGGACGAGGAUUCGACGAAGGGCCUCCCAGCGAAGUCAUCGAGGUUUCAACAUUUCUCCAUGCAUGCGAGGGUGAUGCUGUGACCAAGCUCACAAACGAGAAGAUCCCGUAUUUCAAUGCCCCAAUCUACCUGCAGAACAAGACCCAGAUUGGAAAAGUAGAUGAGAUUUUUGGUCCCAUCAACGAAUCUUUAUUUUCUAUCAAAAUGAUGGAAGGAAUUGUAGCCACCUCCUAUUCCACAGGGGAUAAGUUCUACAUCGACCCGGCUAAGCUUUUGCCUCUGGCAAGAUUCCUUCCGCAACCCAAGGGACAAGGGCAGGCGGGGACAAGAGGAGGUCGUGGAGGAGGGAGAGGCGGUGGUAGAGGCGGUGGCCGAGGGGGAGGAUCAUUCAGGGGGAGAGGCGGCCCGAGGGGUGGCAGAGGUGGUCCCCCACGUGGUGGUGGUCGUGGUGGUGGCUUCUUCAGAGGCCGAGGCAGGGGAUAGAUCUGUUUUCUGUGCACCUUCUUCACUUGGACCUGCCAUUUAUGUUAUUAAGUUUCCGACAAUGUUUCAGAACCAUGAUGUCGUUUUCCAGAUUCUGUGUUGGAUACUUUGGUUGAGUGAAAAGUGCAUCAAUUACCAGUUU